AUUCACGCGCCAUCUCAUUUCGUCUUCGGGACAGGAGCAACGAGAGCCAGAAAGGGAGUGUAGAGAGAAAAACGAAAAAAGAAAAUAUUUAAAACCGAAAAAGAAAAUUUCCCAAUCCAAACUAGGGUUAGGGUUAUCCCUAAUCCGGAUAACGGUUUACACAUUCGAUUAUUCCAACUGUUAAAUCAAAGAUGGGCGCUAAUCCCUCACCAACAGACUCAACCACCGAUCUCGAUGAGCAGAUCUCCCAGCUCAUGCAGUGUAAGCCGCUUUCGGAGCAGCAGGUCAGAGCAUUAUGCGACAAGGCAAAGGAAAUAUUAAUGGAAGAAAGCAAUGUCCAGCCUGUGAAAAGCCCUGUGACAAUUUGUGGUGAUAUUCAUGGGCAGUUUCAUGAUCUUGCGGAACUUUUUCGAAUUGGAGGGAAGUGUCCGGAUACAAAUUACUUGUUUAUGGGAGAUUAUGUGGAUCGUGGGUACUAUUCUGUUGAAACUGUUACGCUAUUGGUGGCUUUAAAAGUCCGUUAUCCACAUCGGAUUACCAUUCUCAGAGGAAAUCAUGAAAGCCGCCAAAUCACUCAAGUUUAUGGGUUUUAUGAUGAAUGUCUGCGAAAGUAUGGCAGUGCUAAUGUUUGGAAGAUCUUUACAGACCUUUUUGACUAUUUUCCAUUAACUGCUUUGGUGGAGUCGGAAAUAUUUUGUCUGCACGGAGGGCUGUCCCCUUCGAUUGAAACUCUGGAUAACAUAAGAAAUUUUGAUCGUGUUCAAGAGGUUCCUCAUGAAGGGCCCAUGUGUGAUUUAUUAUGGUCUGACCCAGAUGAUAGAUGUGGUUGGGGUAUCUCACCGCGUGGUGCUGGAUAUACUUUUGGCCAGGAUAUAUCUGAACAAUUCAAUCACACAAACAGCUUAAAAUUGAUAGCUAGAGCUCAUCAGCUGGUUAUGGAUGGAUUUAACUGGGCUCAUGAACAAAAGGUGGUUACUAUAUUUAGUGCUCCUAAUUAUUGUUAUCGUUGUGGAAACAUGGCUUCUAUCUUGGAAGUUGAUGAUUGCCAGAGUCACACAUUCAUCCAGGUCUGUCUCUCUCUUCUCUCCCCUUGUCCUCUUUCUUCCCCACCCUACUCUUUUCCUUUUCCUAGCCAUGUAUUCACAUUUGUACACAAGGUAAAAGAGCAACAGUUAAAUUUUGAAAUUGGAUUCUUGGAUGCUUUUCUGUGUGUCUGUAAAGUUGUUAAGUUCAUCUUGCUGCAGUUUGAGCCGGCUCCAAGGAGAGGAGAGCCGGAUGUUACUCGUAGAACGCCUGAUUACUUCCUCUGAAGCAGCUAUGUCAUAACUGAUUCAAGUUACUCUACUUUUCUACCUCUCCUCCAUCGUCUUACAUAGUCAGGUAGUUGCCAAUCCUUUGCAGAAGUCUGUUGCAUCUAUCACCUGUGAGUUCUUACAUGGCAUGUUUUUUUGGUGAUGGUGGGCACCAAAAGCAUGUAUGCUAGGCUAGGAAGAUGGCCUUUAAUCUAUCGUACACUUGGAUAAUCUGUCAGAGAGAUUGCAUAGCUGAUGAAAGACUUGACACUAUCAGAAUGUAUUAAUUAUGUAGAUUUUUUUUUUUAAUUUUUUGUGUUUGCUUUGGUUUUCUGGUUCAUCCUAUAUUUUUAGCGUCUGUACUGGAGACGGAAAAGUUCAAUAUUUAGUGGGUGUUAUUACCUUUUCCUUUUCCUACCCAAAUGAGGCUAGGCUAGUCAAUGGCUAUUCUGUUCUAUUGUCUUAUACCUAAGCUGGAUUAAAUUUUGAAUUA